AUGUCGUGGUGCACCAUCGAAUCCGAUCCUGGCGUAUUUACGGCUCUCAUCGAAGACAUUGGUGUACAGGGUGUUCAGGUCGAGGAGCUCUAUACGUUGGACGGACUCCAGCUCUCCGAUCUAUCGCCCGUCUACGGCCUCAUAUUUUUAUUCAGAUACGAGUCCAAGCGCGAGGAAGACGCCAAAUGCCCUGUGUUUGCUAACGAGGAAGAUGGCCUCUUUUUUGCCAAGCAAAUGAUUAGCAACGCCUGUGCCACUCAGGCCAUUCUAUCUAUCUUACUCAAUUCCCAGGACAUUGAAUUGGGCCAAACGUUGUCGGAAUUUAGGACCUUUACAAGUGAUUUUCCAUCGGAUCUCAAGGGUCUCGCCAUUUCCAACAGUGACAAAAUUCGCUUGGCUCACAAUUCUUUUGCCCGGGCAGAACCGUUCGUGGUGGAGGAGAGAAAAGCGACGAAAGAUGACGAUGUCUAUCAUUUUGUAGCUUUCGUGCCAAUGAAUGGUAAAAUUUACGAGCUAGAUGGACUCCAAGAAGGUCCGAUUUGUCUAGGUGACGUGCCAGACAUCGAAAAUCGUGACUCGUGGCUGCAAGUAGCGUGUCCCGUAAUUCAGAAACGGAUCGAAAAAUACGCGGCGUCAGAAUUACGCUUCAAUUUACUGGCGCUGGUGCAAAAUCGGAUACAGACGUAUGAAAAACAGCUUCAGAGGAUCAUUGAGACUGGUGGAAGUGACCAGCAGGCGGCGCAGAUCCAGAUCGAUCUUGCUGCGGAGCAGCAAAGACGCGAGAACUGGGCUCUAGAAAAUAAGCGCCGUAAGCACAACUAUAUCCCGUUUAUUGUCCAGCUGCUUAAGACUUUGGCCGAAAAGCAAGAGUUAACACCAUUGAUCAAGCAGCAAGCUGAUGCCCGCAACGCUGCUGCUAUUAACCCAGCAAAAGCCAACAAUGCCCAAUAA